GCCUGCCACAAAAUACACUGUGCUGUGUGUAUUGCUUGAUGGAGAGCUACUGUAUCUAUGUGCAGACGGCGCCGGCUUGACUGUAUUGGCUAGCUUUUGUGGAUGCUGCAAGCAAAGCUUUUAGCUAACAUGACCCAACACAAAGUUGUACAGUAUCCUUCAAACUCGCAGCCCAGCCAGAAGAGAGAGUCAGUAAACCAUCUUGUGAGUCCACUAUGAAGGAAGAUGAACCGUCGCCACCUGAGAAACAAAGAGCAAAAGCAGAAGGAGAAGAACCUGCCUCGACUGACCCUCCCCUUCUUUCUGAUAGAGAGAAACCUCUCCCCUGUACUUCCUCAACAGAGCAGGGUAAUCAAGACAGAGAGGGUGGGAAAGAAGAGGUCACUGACAGCAAAAUACUUUCAGAGUGUAAAGAAAAAGAAGCAAAAGAAGUUGUUGUGACAGAGGCCUCAUCAGAACUUAUGGCAGAAGAAAAAGAAGAAGCAGGAAUUAUCUUACCAAGUGAGUCAGGGUCAAAUAUGAAUGAAAGCAAGGAAAAAACAGAUGUUUUUGAGGCGGUCAAUAAGGAGGACCAGCAUGGUGCAAAUAACUGUAGAUUGCAUGACACACCACUGGUCACUGACAUUCAAAAAACAGACCUGUUGCAAGAAACUCUGACGUCAAGUCCAGAACUUGGCAGAUCAGAUGUUUUUGUAGAGCACGUGUCAGGAUCAAAAACCUACUUUGACACAUCCAUGGAGGGUCGAGAAGAAGAGUCGCCACAAACCCAGAGCUAUUAUGAGCUCAGCACAACGGCAGAGACAAAAUUAAGUGGAGAUGAUGAAAGCAUUGUGCAGAAUAUGGAGAAACAACAAGAGCAAAAGGUCAAGACAUCUUCUGGUAAACUGGGACUGGAACAAAGAAGUCUUUCCUUGAACAUUACUGUUGGGUCUUCAGCCGGACAGACGGUGAAGGAAGAGAAAUCAAGGAUCUUCAUGGGAAGCUUGUAUCCAAUCAGUGGAAGCUAUGAUGAAUCAGAGGUUUAUCCGUCAACUCCAUCUGUGGUGAGCCAUCCACCUACGUUUCCUCCAGCUGUCUCCAUUACUCCGACUAACACUGAAACACCUGAAAAUAUCCCCACCGUGGCAGAUGAGCCCUUACCUUCUGAUAAGCACACAGAUAGUUCUAAACAAUCAGGAAGCCUCUCUGAGAUGUUGGACCUGGCUGGUGCCCUACCUCGUCCAUCCCUGGAGAGGAUGGAGGUUGACUACAUGAGAAGAAAGUCAGUGCCCGCCAAUGUAUCUGCCCUUGUGGGAAGUUCUUUAGCCAAGCUUGCCUUGACAGGUCAAGCCCCAAGUGUUGUCUCACAAGAAAACCAGCUGGAGGAGGUGGGCUACUGUGUCUUCAGUGAGUAUUCAGGGCCCAUGCCUUCUCCCGCUGAUGUACCCAGUCCCGGGGAUUCUCCACACCAGCGUUUCCCUUCUGUAGAGGGGGAAGCAGAGGAGGAUCUAGGGGAUUUGGAAGCAAAAGAUGUUUCAAAAGGAAUACAACAACAAGAUCACAAAGAGGUUACCCCUGUGAUCUCUCAAAUACCAGUGGUAGAAAAGAAAGACUCACCAGUAAAGUCUACCCUGAUCCUUGAAAAAGCUGUAACCAGUGGAAUAAAACCGGAUCGGCUAAGAAUCCCAAUGACUACCUCGAAAGACAGACUGAGUGAAUUUCGUUUGGAGACUGGGUUGCCAGGGGACAUAAAGAUUCAAGCUAUCCCUGAGGUAGAUGUUGAAAAAGACCCAUCAAGAGAGGCUUCACCUAUCCCACCAGACAGUUCGUUUACUUUCACUCCCACAGAAACUGGAACCAAGGUUCCUCCAACUCCAACAACUCCCAAGUCCCCAGAUGACACAUCAUCAGAAACCCAAACUGCAGGAGAGAAAGCACAGAAAGAUGACCCAUCAGAGCUAAAAGCAUCUGAAAAUGUUGAUAAUAAACAGUCAGAGUUAGACAAAGAAAAUCUGAAGCCUGAGCAAAAAGAAUCUGAAGAAAGAAGUGAUGAACCAGAAAUGCCAAACAAAGACUUGGCUUCAGGAUUAUCUCAGUCUUUAGAAGAGAGCACAGACAAAGCUAAGACAAUCCAAAGUGGGCAACAGACCUCAAACACUGCUCAGGAUUUAAUUACUACAAAGCACACAGAUGAGAAAAAUGACCAAAACCAGCUGCAAAAAAGGAGUCUGGUGAAAGGCUCACCGAAGCUUCAAAUAUCUUCUCCGAUCAUCAUUAUCCCUCAAGCACAAGUAGAUGAAGAAGCAGAGGAGGAAGAUGAUAUUGAGAUUGCAGAGGAGCCUCAAGAGAUAAUGGAAGAAGCCCAAGAGCCGGAUGAAACAAGGAAGGAUCAAACUGGAGAAGCUGGGAAGGAAGAGCAAAAGACAGAACAAGUGAGACUGAUGGUGGGUGACCAGAUGUUGGAAGAAGAUCCGAAGUCUGGAGCAGAAGAAUGGAGUCAUAGCGCCCAAAACAGUGACGAACCGGCAACAGACAGUUCGCACUUGUCUCCCUGCUCUGACCAUGAGCUGACACAGCAAAUAGAGGAAGGAGGCAGAGAAGACAUGGAGGCAGAUAAAAUAGAAGAGGACUUAGAUAAGGUGAAAGGGAAGACAGACGAGUACGAAGGGGUGAAGAAAGAGGAAACAAAGGAGGAAAAGGAAGGAACGGAAGAUCAUAAAAUGAUAGAAGAAGGGGAUGGAAAGAAGAUGAGGAAGGUGGAGGAGGAGACCUCGGAUGUUCUUAGCCUGACCGAUCAAGCACCUAACGAUGAAACCACCAUGGACGUGUCCGUCCUAGAUACAGACAGUGGCUGGAUGGAUUCACAAGAUGAUGACAAAAGUAUUAUGACUGAGCAAAUCGAAGCCCUUCCUCAGCCCCAGAGCUCGACCAGUAAGCCUGUGGUGGUGGACAGACCCGCUAAACGGGGCCCCGGCAGAUCAAGGGCCACCACUGAGUCUAAAGUAUCCCGCAAAGUUCUGAGCCACCAUCCACCAAGAGAGGAGAUAAAGAAGAAAAAAGUAGGCAUCAGGAGGGCUGACCAGAGUAAGGUGUCAGCCCUCCAAAGUCGUUCCCCGUCUCGAAAGGGUGUAGCCAAAGCGGCGGCCAGACAUCCUAGGCCUGCUCUGCUUCACGGCUCUGCUAGACGCAAGGCCACAGGUGAACACUUUUCACCCGGAGUCAGUGCCGUGGAUAGAGAGAGAGUAACACCCAAAUAAUUAAAGCAUUUUUUCAAAUGUAAAUCAGUUUUGGAUAUGUGGCGUUUGAUGUCUUUGCUCUCUCUCUAUUGAUGGCUCAUUGAGGAAUCAAGCAAGGUGCAGUGUAGCUGGCAAACAUCAUGUGCUGCUGAUUUAUUUUUUAAAGUUCUGUCAUGUCUGGUCUGCUUUGGGUUUCUUUUUCUGUUUUGUUUUUCUAAAAGCUUUAAACAUGCUUUGUUUUUUCUCAUUUGUCAAACAUGGAGUAUUUGUUCCCGCUCUGCUUCAAAUUCAUGCUUUUAUUUUUUUCUGCUCAGUGAUGAUGUCGUUCAUUGUGACUGGUAUUGAAUAACUCUGGUUUAACACUUGUGUGCGUGUGUAUGUCUCCUGAAAAUGGCCGCAUGUUUGAAGGUUGUGUGUUCUGUCAACAAGCGAAGUGAGGGUGACGUGAAAUGUUGUGAUGCUUAACGUGUACAGAAGGUGCUUCUGUAAUAUGAAUGUCCUCAUAUGUCCACUUUUUCACCUUGUAUUCAGCAAAUGUGCAUUUGUGUGUGUCACACUGAUG